UGCCAACCGCCAAAAAUGUACAAGAAGAAGAAAAAGAGCAGCAUCAACACUUCAAGAUGUCGUCGCUGAAUGACAGAUCAGUUUGGGAUGAGGUGGAGGAUGGCAUCGGCGAAGAAGUCCUUAAGAUGUCCACUGAGGAGAUUGUUCAGAGGACUCGUCUUUUGGACAGUGAGAUUAAGAUCAUGAAGAGUGAGGUUCUGCGUGUCACUCAUGAGCUGCAAGCCAUGAAAGACAAGAUCAAGGAAAACACAGAGAAAAUCAAAGUGAACAAGACUCUGCCCUACCUCGUCUCUAAUGUCAUAGAGCUGCUAGAUGUAGAUCCUAAUGACCAAGAGGAGGAUGGAGCCAAUAUUGAUCUGGACUCGCAGAGGAAGGGCAAGUGUGCCGUCAUCAAAACCUCCACGCGGCAGACCUAUUUCCUGCCUGUGAUUGGUUUGGUGGAUGCUGAGAAACUGAAACCUGGUGAUCUUGUGGGUGUGAAUAAAGACUCCUAUCUGAUUUUGGAGACUCUACCCACUGAGUAUGACUCUAGAGUUAAGGCCAUGGAAGUGGAUGAGAGGCCUACAGAGCAGUACAGUGACAUUGGUGGCCUUGACAAACAGAUUCAAGAGCUGGUGGAGGCAAUUGUUCUGCCCAUGAACCACAAAGAGAAGUUUGAGAAUCUGGGGAUCCAACCACCAAAGGGAGUUCUGAUGUACGGACCACCAGGCACAGGAAAGACCCUGCUGGCCAGAGCCUGUGCAGCCCAAACAAAGGCAACAUUUUUGAAGUUGGCUGGCCCUCAGCUGGUGCAGAUGUUUAUUGGUGAUGGUGCCAAACUCGUACGUGAUGCAUUUGCUCUUGCCAAGGAGAAAGCUCCCUCCAUUAUCUUCAUUGAUGAGCUGGACGCUAUCGGCACCAAGCGCUUUGACAGUGAGAAGGCCGGAGACAGAGAGGUGCAGAGGACCAUGCUGGAGCUGCUCAAUCAGUUAGACGGCUUCCAGCCCAACAUGCAAGUGAAGGUGAUUGCUGCCACUAACAGGGUGGAUAUCCUUGACCCGGCUCUGCUGCGUUCAGGUCGUCUGGAUCGUAAGAUUGAAUUCCCCAUGCCCAACGAGGAGGCUCGUGCUCGCAUUAUGCAGAUCCACUCACGCAAGAUGAACGUCUGUCCUGAUGUGAACUAUGAAGAGUUGGCACGCUGUACCGAUGACUUCAAUGGAGCUCAGUGUAAAGCAGUUUGUGUUGAAGCUGGUAUGAUUGCUCUGCGCCGUGGGGCCACUGAACUUAACCAUGAGGACUACAUGGAGGGCAUUCUGGAGGUGCAGGCGAAGAAGAAAGCCAAUCUGCAGUACUAUGCUUAACCCUGUGUGUGUGUGUGUGGGUGGUGUGUGUGUGUGUGUGUGGUUUAUGAG